CUUAUAUAUAAAUUCCAGGGUCACCCUGCGCAUGGGCAACGGCCAGCGCCAACAGGUCGUUAACAGAACUGCGUUUAGCCAGAUCUCAGUGCAUCCAGCUCCGAAUAAGCUGUAUAUCCAUGGGUAACUAUGAACUUUAUGGGCAUUUAAUAUUGAACCAAUCUCCAGCCUUUUUUGCUUCUUGAUCAACAGCGCUACGCCACGCCAAGCCUCACAAGCCUUGGCGCCUGAAAGCUGGAGUUUCAUCCGUAUGACCAUUGUUCAUGUUCAUCGCGACUUUGACUCGAUGUCUCUGACCAAGAUGCACCUCAUUCUUUACUUGAAUUUUUUUAUUCUCUACCCCUGAAGUCGUCAAUCAUGCCUGGUGUGCCCUCCGGAAGAGGGUGUAAUGCCUGUCGCAAACAGAAGAAAAAGUGUGACGAGGCAAAACCUGCCUGUUCGCGAUGCCUUCGACGUGGAUUUGAGUGUGUUGGAGCUGGAGAACAGCGAUAUAAAUUCAAGGAGGAGUACGGCACAAAUAUUGGGCGAAAGCGAGCACCACCGCCCCGCCCCAAACAAGAACUACAGAAAGGCCAAGGUCAAGUUGUGUUCGUGGCUCCAAGUAAUGCUGUCACUCUUCUAGCUCAAGCUCUCGUGGCUACCAUCAGACCUGCAACGGAUUUGAGAUAUAACUUGAUGUGGGCUUACGGAGACUAUUUAACCUUGGUACCCGCUCAUCUAGGCUUCAACGAAGCCUUGGAUGCCGCCGUCGAUGCUCUAGUCACAACGCAUGCUACCUUUUCGUCGCGAAAGGAGGUCACGGUGGCAUCUUUAAUGAAAUAUUCCCGUGCUCUAAGCGCUCUGCGGGGCUGUCUGGAUAAUCCUCGUAAAGCGGGGACAUCAGAAACGCUAUGUGCAGUGUCUUUGUUGCUGCUAGUCCAGAAUAUGCUUGGCCCGCUGAACCAGCAAUUCACAGGACAUGCGGAGGGGGCUGUGAAGAUCCUAAAAGCGCGGAAAAGUUGCGCCCCACGGGAUGAGUUUGAACGUGCCCUCUUACUAUCCUUGCGCGGUCCGGUCCUGUUUGAGGGCCUAGUCAACCCAAAUAUUCAACUUACCGCCGAUGAAUGGAAAGAUAUGGUGGAGAAUGAGCUGGACUCAACCGCACCGGAAGGCCUGAUACUGCGGUGUUUGUCUCGAGUGCCAGAUAUACUGCGCCGCGCACGGAACAAUCCUAAUGGGCAAGCCGGGAUUUUGUCUCUGCAGACGGAGAUGAAGGCAUUGUACUCAACCGUUCGAGAGGUCUGUGACCAGUUCCGGGAUCGUCUGCUAGAGAUUGAGACUCCAGGCGGCAGCAAUGGUCACACACUUACGCCUGGGAUGUUUCAUGCCCAUUAUCAGCGCAUGUACGGAUUGGUUGUUACCAUUGCGUUAUACAUGAACUACAUGCUCAUUGCGCUGGGCACAAAUGACAGGCAUCUGAAGCCCGAUGGCACAUUUCUUGCGACAGAAAUGCUUAAUAUCGCAGAAAAUGCAAUUAUAUAUCGACCUUUUGGGUCCGGAUAUGUUCCCUUGGGACUGAUGGCCGGCUGGGUCGCCAUCGACAACAAACCACUACGAACGCUGAUUGAACGAUCGAUCGCGGACUACCAACAGGACUUCAACCAUCGAGUUCUCAACCCAACAAAGUUGGAAAGCCAGCUCCGUCAGCUACAUCCGCUGAUACCGGACUAUUCUCGGGACUGGUCUCAACCUAUUGAGCACGAGAUGUAUGAGCCUUUAUGAACUUGUUUGGGCGUAGAAUCUUUCCACCUAGCGGAUCUAGAUGCGGACAAAGAAGAGUAUUGUAUCAUCAGCCAUGCUAGACACUACUCGCGUA